AUGAAUUUCAACGGUUUCCUCGACGACGGCUCCUCCGGAGCAGACGGAGAUAGAGCCGCCAAGCUUCUCUCCGACGUUCCGUACAGUAACCACUUCCCUUUCUCCUCCGCUUCAACCAUGCUCGGAGCCGCCAUUGCUCCUCCUCAACAUAGCCCCUUCCCCUCUCACGGUCUCUCCCUCGGACUCCAAACAAACGGAGAGAACAACGGAGAAAUCUGUAGAAAUGGAGAGAUUUUCGAGACGAAUGUAAGUCGCAAGAGUAGAGGAGAAGACGCAGAGAGCAGAUCUGAGAGCGACAACGCAGAAGCAGUCUCCGGCGACGAUUUAGAAACCGCCGAUAAACCUCCGAGGAAGAAGAAACGUUACCAUCGCCACACUCCUAAACAAAUCCAAGACCUUGAAUCGCUCUUCAAAGAGUGUGCACAUCCCGACGAGAAGCAGCGUCUCGAUCUCAGCCGCCGGCUUAACUUAGAUCCCCGUCAAGUCAAAUUCUGGUUCCAGAAUCGCCGUACUCAGAUGAAGACGCAAAUCGAACGGCAUGAGAAUGCUUUGCUUAGACAAGAGAACGAUAGGCUUAGAGCGGAGAACAUGUCAGUACGAGAAGCCAUGAGAAACCCUAUGUGCGGCAACUGCGGCGGACCAGCCGUCAUCGGCGAGAUCUCCAUGGAAGAGCAACACCUCAGAAUCGAAAACUCACGCCUCAAAGACGAAUUAGACCGAGUCUGCGCCUUAACCGGUAAAUUCCUUGGCCGGUCUAUUCCUUCACAACCCGGUUCACUUCAUAUACCUGAUUCAGCCCUCGCCCUCGGCGUUGGCGUCGGCUCCGGUGGAUGUAAUGUUGGAGGUUUCUCUCUCUCCUCUCCGACGCUGCCUCAUACGUCUCCCAGAUUCGAGAUUUCCAAUGGUACCGGUUCUAGCGUACCACCGGUUAGCGUGAGUGAUUUUGACCAGAGAUCGAGGUGUCUGGAUUUAGCUCUUGCGGCGAUGGAGGAGCUGGUGAAAAUGGCUCAGACGCGCGAGCCGCUCUGGGUUCGAAACCCGGAGACUGGGUUUGAAAUGCUGAACAAGGAAGAGUACGAUGCAAGUUUCAGUCGGUGUGUUGGACCGAAACAAGAUGGGUUUGUGUCGGAAGCUUCUAAAGAUUCUGGAACUGUUAUCAUCAAUAGCUUAGCACUCGUUGAAACUCUGAUGGACUCGGAACGUUGGGCGGAAAUGUUUCCGUGUAUGAUCUCAAGAACUUCAACUACUGAAGUCAUCUCUAGUGGCAUGGGAGGGACACGAAAUGGUGCACUUCACUUGAUGCACGCAGAGCUUCAAUUGUUGUCUCCACUGGUGCCUGUUAGACAAGUGUCGUUCUUGAGGUUCUGUAAGCAGCACGCAGAAGGUGUUUGGGCGGUCGUGGACGUUUCAAUUGAUUCCAUCAGAGAAGGGUCUUCUUCCAGCUGCAGAAGGUUGCCGUCCGGUUGCCUCGUUCAAGACAUGGCCAAUGGCUACUCUAAGGUAACGUGGAUCGAGCACACAGAGUACGACGAGAACCGCAUCCACCGCUUAUACCGACCGUUACUCAGCUGUGGCCUAGCGUUUGGAGCACAGCGAUGGAUGGCUGCGUUACAACGUCAAUGCGAAUGUCUCACCAUUCUCAUGUCCUCCACUGUUCAACCUUCACGUAGCCCAACGCAAAUUAGCUGCAAUGGGAGGAAGAGCAUGCUGAAGCUAGCCAAGAGGAUGACUGAUAACUUCUGCGGCGGCGUUUGUGCAUCGACGUUACAGAAAUGGAGCAAGCUUAACGUUGGUAACGUCGACGAGGACGUUAGGAUCAUGACGAGGAAAAUCGUAAACGUUCCAGGCGAACCACCAGGGAUCAUUCUAAACGCUGCGACUUCCGUUUGGUUCCCGGUCUCUCCACGGCGGUUGUUUGAUUUCCUUGGGAAUGAACGGCUGAGAUCAGAAUGGGACAUCUUAUCAAACGGUGGGCCCAUGCAAGAGAUGGCCCAAAUCGCUAAAGGCCCUGACCGUUCCAACUCCGUCUCCCUCCUCCGUGCCACCGCCAUAAAUGCAAAUCAGAGCAGUAUGCUGAUACUGCAGGAAACAAGCAUAGACGCUACGGGAGCGGUUGUGGUGUACGCGCCAGUUGAUAUCCCAGCGAUGCAAGCUGUGAUGAACGGUGGAGAGUCAGCCUACGUGGCACUGCUUCCCUCAGGGUUCGCGAUUCUCCCCAACGGGAAAGGUAACGGUAACGGUGGCUGCAUGGAGGAAGGAGGGUCGUUACUAACGGUGGCGUUUCAGAUACUGGUGAAUAGUUUGCCUACAGCUAAGCUGACGGUGGAGUCUGUUGAGACUGUGAAUAAUCUGAUAUCGUGCACCGUACAGAAGAUUAAAGCGGCUCUCAGGUGUGAUAGCACCUGA